AUGCUGCUGGAAGAAGGAAGCGCGUUGCGUAUUGCACAGCCCCUCGCAGUGUUGGGCGUGCUGCUUAUUUUCUCGCCGUGCUAUCCACUGCAUAGAAUUGUAGCACAUGUGCGUGGCGGCGCGAUCCGACUGGAAGAGCCAUUGGUCUUGCCAACGCCCGUCGUUGCGCCCAGUGCGGGGUACAACAAGCAUCUUACGCGCUUGGCGGUCGUGAUCGCAGCGACGUUUUUCAUAUCUGGCGUACUUAUUGCGCUGCAGGCUGCUGUACCGCCAAAUACAUGGCUCCCUAGCGCGCCACAAUGGGCGAUGCUGCAGAUGCAAGACCUGGGCGGUUUGAUUGCGUGGGUACUCGUUGCGAUGGAGAAUCUAGCCUCGUCGCGUGCGCAGUCAAAAAGGAGCAAAGCUGGUGCGAUUGCGGCUCUCAUUUCUUUGGGCAUCGAGGUUGCUUUGGGGUGUACAUUAACCACACCACAAACGUACUGGGAGAUUGCACAGCAGUGCGUGCUUGCCGUGCGCACAGCAGUGUUGUAUCCUGGUGUACUUUACACCGCAUGGCGCGCUACUAUGGGCAAUACGCUACCUAUGGAUGAAGCUGUAGCGCCUUUGAGCUCCCCAUCCGAGUCGCCGCCGACGCCCAGUGCAUCGGAGCCGUCCUUUUGGUUACUUCUUCACAGGAUCAAGGUGCUCGUUCCAUACCUUUGGCCGACCACCUCGCUGCGCCUGCAGCUCAUUGCAUUUUCGUGUUUUGCACUGCUUGUACUUGCGCGUGUGGUAAACCUAUUUGUUCCCAUUGCGCUUGGUCGCAUAGUAGAAAGGCUGAGCACAAACAAAUCGCCGUGGGGCUUUAUUUUUGUAUACUUGGCCCUGAGGCUCUUCCAAGGGUCCGGUGGCCUCUUGCAAGUCGCACAAAAUCUUUUGUGGUAUCCAUUGGCAUGGUACUCCGACAUGAACAUGAGCAUGCUCAUGUUCGAUCGCGUGCUAAACCUGUCCAUGUCAUUCCACACCAAGCGCAAGACGGGCGAGCUGAUCCGUACAUUGGAUCGCGGCUCUGCAAUUAACUCAUUCUUUGAGUACGUGCUGUUUUCGUUGACGCCCGUAUUUGUGGAUAUUUUGGUAGCCGUGACGUACCUGUCUCUCUCGUUUGGUUGGGUCGUCGGUGCACUGCUUUUGAGUGUUAUGGUGAUGUAUACCAUGUGCAGCAUUCGCAUAACCACAUGGCGGACGCAACUGCGGCGCGAAAUGAACAAAAAAGACUCGGUGUGUCGCUCUAUUGUGACCGAUACGCUGCUAAAUUACGAGACGGUCAAAACGUACAGCAAUGAGGGAUACGAAUCUUCACAGUACCGCAAAGCGCUUAAAGAGUACCGCAUGGCGCAGUUUCGGCUGAUAUACAGCUUAAACAUGCUAAACUUGAUUCAGAAUUUGAUCCUCGCAUUCGGUACCCUUGCCUCGAUCCUCACUGUUGCGUACGAUGUCGUGAAAGGAAAGACGACCACGUCACAGUUUGUCGUGUUUGUCUCUUAUCUGCAACAGGUAUACCAGCCGCUGAACAUGCUUGGUACGCUUUAUCGCGUGGUGAACCAAAACCUCGUCGACACGGACCGGUUGAUGGAUUUGCUGUCGGAAGAAGUAGAUAUCAAAGACGAACCUGGCGCGUCGGAAUUGCACGUUUCUAACGGCACAAUCGAGUUCCAAAAUGUAUCGUUUGGGUACGAAAGUGACCAUACUUCCACAAUCAAGGAUCUCUCGUUUAAGAUAGACGGCCACCAGCGGGUGGCAAUUGUCGGCGAGAGUGGUUCUGGAAAAACAACGCUAUUUAAGCUGCUUUACCGCUUUUACGAUAUCGACAAGGGCCGAAUUUUGAUUGAUGGACAGGAUAUUCGAAAUAUUACGCAGCAUAGUUUGCGCAGUGCGAUUGGGAUUGUGCCUCAGGAGCCCUCAUUGUUUAACACCGACAUCCGCGCCAACAUUUUGUAUGGGGAUGUCAACGCAUCUGACGAGGCGGUCGAGGCCGCCGCAGUUGCCGCGCAGAUCCAAUUGCGCAUCCUAGAGUUUCCUCAGGGGUAUGCCACAGUUGUUGGAGAGCGCGGCGUGCGACUCAGUGGCGGCGAGAAGCAGCGCGUUGCGAUUGCACGCACAAUUUUGAAAAAUCCGCCGAUCCUGUUGCUGGACGAAGCUACUUCUGCAUUGGAUAGUGCGACGGAACGCCAUCUUCAGGAUGCCUUGAACACAUUGAUGCGCGGACGUUCCUCGAUUACUAUUGCGCACCGCUUGUCGACCAUCAUGAACAGCGACAAGAUUUUCGUCAUGGACGAUGGUCAUAUUAUCGAGUUUGGCACUCACGAAGAGCUCAUUAAGCUCGACGGCAAAUACGCCGAGCUAUGGCUUCAACAGAGCCGCACGCAGGCCGAAAAGGAGUUGGAAAUUGGAGCGGCAAAAGCAUUGGCAGAUGAAGUGGUUGAGAAUACAAACGCCAACGCAUGCACACAAGAGAAUAAAAAAGGUGGGAGGCCACCAAGCACAUAG